CACCGUCCCAGACUUCACAGGAAAACUUCAGACUUCAUGUUUGUGUAGUUUUUAUUUAAAUUUUUUUCUUUUAAAAAUCUUUAUCAAACUUUUUUUUUUAUCCUUUAUUGUUUUGAGUGAUUUCUGAAUACACACGUGGGAUGUUAAAGGAUAUAUUAGUUUCUUUGGAUACAUGAAAAUUCUUUGGAUACUUGAAAAAAAAAAUCAUCAGUUCAAAUGUUUUGUAGGUGGUGAUUGGAUUUUUUUUCCCUUUCCUAGAAAUUUUAGUUGAAAUAUAAUAUUGUAAAUCUGUUUUUUUGGUGUAUAGGGUGUUUGAAUAAACAUGUGAUCCCUGGACUAAACAUUACUUUAUAGAGUAGACUUUGUUUAUAAGGAUUCUUCCACCUGCUUAUGGCAAGAUCCUUUUUCAAGUACAAGAAUAAAAUAUCAAGGGAAGGCACUCUGAAGUGAAAUAUUGAAGUAUUGCUUCGCUGAGAUAGUUGUGUCCCUUUCCAUCAAGUCCUUCCUAACUUGCAGACCGGAUCUGAGCCAGCAACAAGGAACGUCCAUAGAACGACCGUAGAAACGUCACAAGCGAUUCACUUAUCUCCGGCACUCACCAUUUGUUCUCGGGAAUCUCGGAGUGCGUUUACGUGCGUCGCUUCUCCUUCAUGUGCGGUUCAGAAAAGAGGAGAAGAAGAAAAAAGUGGGAGGGAUCUGAGCCCGACCCCCUCCGUUUCGUGUGUGUGGUGGCUCAGGUCUGAGAGUUUGGUGGUAAGGCGAUACGUAUUAUCGUAGUCAGCAACGCAAGUAUAUCGUUUGUCAUUGCCUGGAGCGGAGACACUACGGGGGGAUUUUGUUUGUUUGAGAGAGAGAGACCAGUAAAGAAACAAAAAGACAGUUGGACUAUUUAGAGUAGAGAGAAAGAAACAAAAGGGACUUCACUCUGUGUUUGUGUGGUUUACUCAAUAGGAAUACGCUGUGUCUUUAAAUCCAAGAUCCAACUAGCCAGUUCUUUAGUCCAGCAAGUAAAAUGAUCAACCUCAUACUACGAGAGUCACCCGCCCCUUGCUGAACAGAUGUGAAGCUUGUAUAACAUUUGGAUUACACUUGAACCAUUCCAGUUUUCAACUUCAUUCCUGAAUCAGAUUUACUUGACCAUUCCACUCAUAAGACCUCAGGCUAUCCUUGGAAUCGCUCUUCUGGAUCAGUGAAUGUUUUCAUAUCUCUAAAUUUAAAAUUUAACAUUCUGGGAUCAAUAUAGCGGAUAUUUCUUUGAUACGCUUGCCAGGAUCUAUUUUGUUAUCCAUUGUCAUCUGUGUAGACGUCCAAUAUAUUCUGUGGAUAUAAAUAGCUGUUAAGCUGGAUGCAUGGAUGCAAAGAUCAUUUAAUGGACAUUGUGUAAGCUAGGUCUCACGUUCUUUUUGAAGUGUCCCCAGCACCCCUGAAACUACCCGCCAUGGGGGGCACGUGCACUAACCUACUCGCCGCCCUUUUUGUGGCGACCCUGAUAGCCACCUUUGGAUCAACGACGGCGUCCAGAUCGAUAACCCCGGACCUCAGCGCAGUAACUAACGAUUCCUUUGAGUUCCGGUUUCCUGUGGUGCAGAGUCCACCAAAGAUCACCAUGGCACCCAAAGACGUGAAAACUAUUGACGAGAAUUACGUCAGUUUCUUCUGCAAGGCUUCCGGAAACCCAGCUCCCAUCAUCCACUGGGAGAAAGACGGCAAGAAGGUGGUCAAGAUCAAGCCCCGAUUAGACAUCUUCGAGGCGCCGCACAUCUCUUCCCUCAGGAUAAAGCCCAAGCUGUCCCUGCGUGACAACGCCACCUACACAUGCGUGGCGUCGAACCCUCACGGGGAGGCGAAAGCUGACGCCACGUUGAAGAUUUACCCGAAGUCUGAGAGCGGAGAGGAAACACCUCCUGGCUACCCGACCAUACUGACGCACCCUAAGCUCAAAUCUGUGGAGAAAGACCGACCCAUCCAGCUCGCCUGUGAGGUCAAAGGUGACCCCAAGCCAAAAGUGCUGUGGCUUAAGGAUAACCUGCCGUUGGAUACAACUGACGCUCGAGUAGAGGUCCUAGAGUCUGGUUACCUGACCAUCAUGCACAGCCAAGAGUCGGAUGAGGGCACCUACGAAUGUGCAGCCGAAAACGAGCAUGGAGUUACCUAUUCCUACCGUGCAAUGGUCUACAUCAGAGUGAGGCGUAUUGCGCCAAAGUUUAAUCUGCAAAUGCCCAAUGAUGUAAAGAUCAUGCCUGGCAGUGACCUCAACCUGACCUGCGUGGCCGUCGGCUCCCCGAUGCCGUAUGUCAAGUGGCGCCAGGGCGCUAAAGAUCUGACUUCGGAAGACGAAGCCCCCAUCGGAAGGAACGUGCUGAUCCUGACGGACGUCAGGGAGUCUGCCAACUACACGUGCGAGGCUUCUUCGGACCUCGGCAACAUCGAGCACAUGACUCAAGUCAUCGUUGAAGUGCUCCCCCAGGCCCCAACUCGCCUGGCCAUCCACGAGAAGACGCCUUCCUCGGUGAUGCUGCGCUGGGAGGGUGACAUGAACUCCGUGGAGCCCAUCCGGUCAUACAUCAUAGAGUACCAGAUCGUCAACAAGGGCAAAGGGGGCGAGUACAAGAGGUCUGACGUUAUGGAGCUGAAGACUGGAGGCACCCGGCCCUUCUACCAGGUGACCAACCUCAAGCCGUACACCACCUAUAUAUUCAAGGUCAUUGCUGAGAAUAGUGUUGGCCGGAGUCGACCCAGCAAUGCUGAGGAGGCCACCACCGCUGAAAUAGCUCCAGGCUCGCCACCAGAAAACGUCAUAGCACGUGCGAUUUCUGCUACCGAUGUCAGCGUCACGUGGGAUGAGCCGACUACGCCCAAUGGUGUCAUUCAGGGUUACAAAGUCUUUUACACGCUGAAACCCGAGGACCCCGUUUUCUUUUGGGAUAAUAUCGAGACGAAGAACGGCCGCUCUGCAACCAUCUCCAAACUCAAGCCCAACGUGACGUACGCCAUCUCGGUCUUGGCCUUCUCCAGCGUCGGCCAGGGUCCCCUUUCUAGAGCAGUCCAGGUGCUGACCGCUGAAGGGGCAAAUAGAGGUCGAAAUGUGCAUGUUCUGCCUACCAAAUUCCCACAACCUAUCUUUGACGUUCCAUAUCAGCCAUUGAACUUGAGGGCCAAGGCCAUUUCUCCUACCGUCAUUGACCUUUCCUGGGACUCACCCCAAGAGUCGGACUUCAUCAAGAGCUAUGAACUCUACUACAACGAUUCACACUCGCGACAGACCACCCGAGUGACGCUCGACCCCCCAGUCCAAAACUACAGAAUCACUAACCUCAUCCCAGACACCGUCUAUCACAUUCAGGUGUCCGCCAAGUCGUCAAAGGGUGAAGGCCCCAAAACGCCCACCAUUCAAGUCCAAACCCCAGCAUACAAACCAGAAGCGCCUCCUGAAAACGUCACUGGAAAAACAGUCAGCGAAAAGGAGAUUCAGGUGUCAUGGAUGCCUCCGAAGCCUCAUAAACAAAAUGGCAAAAUUUUAGGGUAUAAGGUGUUUGUUCAGGAGAACAACCUCAAGAGUGACCGGGAGCCAAUUAUGAGGCAGGUAUCCGGGGACGAGAAGUCUGCCAAUGUGAAGGAUCUCAAGACUUGGACUGACUAUAAAGUUUGGGUCUCUGCCUUCACUGCUGUCGGCGACGGCCCUAGCUCAACACCCAUCAUCGUCAAGACUGAUGAGGAUGUACCAGGCAAGCCUAAGAAAGUCAGAGUUGAAGCUGCCAACUCCACUUCCAUCAUGGUUGAAUGGGAUCCACCUGGUGCCAAGGAACAAAAUGGAUUAAUUAGAGGCUAUCAGGUUCAUUAUAUUGAAAUCAACAGUAACGAUGAACCUGUGCCAGGGGCCAGAGAGCAGCGGCAACAGUUUUACUCUGAGAAGCAAACGUACGCUCCCAUCACGGGUCUCAAGCCAGAGACAAGGUACCUGGUUCAGGUGUCUGCCUUCACAAGGAAAGGAGACGGUGUCCGUAGUGACCCCAGGAUCAUCACUACCAAGGGAGCGGUUCCUUCCAAACCUAGAAACCUCCAUGUUGACCUAGUGCAGGAAGAGCCGCCUAGUAUUAAAGCUACGUGGCAGCGGCCAGAGGAGACCAAUGGCGACAUCAAGAAUUACAAGAUAAUUUGGGGCCCACAAGGAGAGCGCUACGAGGAGAUAAUCCUUAACCCCGACAUCUACUCCUACAUGACUAACACCCUAGUGAAAGGAAUAACGUAUGAGUUCCGAGUGUCGGCCAGAAAUGAUGUCGACUAUGGGGAAAGAGCAGUGGCCACGCUUGUUACACCUGAUGGAGCUCCGACUGGGCCACCUCAGAAUUUUACAGCUACAGGCCUCACUGAGACGGCAGUGCGUUUGACUUGGGAUUUGCCUGUCAGGAAUUUCCGCAAUGGGGACAUACUCAUGUACCAGAUCACAUAUCACAAACUAUCUGACUCCACCGCUGAAGAGGACAUGAAUGUUACAUCAGACACAUUUAAAGAUCUAACCAAUCUUGAUAUGAACACAGACUACAGCUUUAAAAUCAGAGCAUACACCAGCAAGGGCUCUGGCCCAUGGAGCAACAGACUGCAUUUCAGAACUUUUGGCAAAAUGCCCCCUGCACCCAAAAACAUCAAAGUUCGUAAAACUUCUGAGACUUCAUUACAAGUGACUUGGGAUGAGCCAGAUGUCCCAGUUUCAGGCUAUAAAAUUUUCUACCAAACUUUCUACACCCCAAAGAUGUACAGCUGGGAACAAAUGGAAGUUGGCCCAUACAUAACAGCAGAAAUCACAAACCUGCAGCCUUUCACAGUCUAUGCUGUGCGCAUGCAAGCCAAGUCUGUGGAUGGUCGCUAUGGCAACAUUUCAGACUUCAUCACCUCAGAUGCUAAAGAUAUAAUUCGUGAUGACACUGUUCAGAAGUUGAGAGUAACACAGAGACUAACCAACCUGAUCAAGCUGUCAUGGGAGAAACCUAAACUAAAUGAUGUCGCUAACUACAAGUUGAUGUUCAGGGGAAUCAAAUCCUACAGGGAGGGUGGCUCUAUCCAGCAUAUUGUGGACAAUGUGACAGAAGUGACCAUUCCUGCUCUUGUGUCUCCCACGUACACCAUCCAAAACCUGAGGCCUAAAACCAAGCUAGAGUUUAAUAUCUCUGCAAUCUUUCGAGAUGGCAAAGAAGGAGGUCAACAACAGCUGGUCACUGAGACUUUAAUAGAUGCUCCCCCUAGAGUUGAUCGACCUGCGGUGAAGCAGAUCAAGUCCCAAAUGCAAGUGAUUUUGAUGCUGAAUCGAGCUUCAGAAAGAAACGGACCAAUUAGCCAUUAUCUAGUAAUUGUUGUUCCUUCAAAGUCUGGAAGCACUAAACAGCCUGCAGACUAUACCAUGGAAGAGAUUUCAACUGAUAAGGUCAGCCCAGAUCUGCCAGCAACUAGUCCCUAUAUUGCAGCCAGGUUUGAAUCUCAGUCAUUGCCCCUUGAAUUCACCCUGGGCAAUGGUCAGGAGUAUGGUUCAUUUUCUAACAGGAUACUACAAGCCAAUGAAAAGUACAAGGUCUUCCUGAGAGCAUAUUCUGUUGACCCACGCCUGUACACAUCCAGUGACUUCAGCACUGAGAUCGUCUUUACCAACCAGCCCCACCCGAAACCUGACCCAGAUUCAGGUCCGGACAACCCUAGGAGCUAUGAGAAUGAUACCCCCAAGGAUUUUGAUGCUGAUGCCAGUGCCCUGUUGACCAUUGUUGCCCCAACUUGCGCUGGAGCUGUGAUUGUGAUCAUUGCUUGUGCUGUCAUCUGUUUCCUCUUGAUGAGGCCUUCUCAAAAUUAUAACGCUAUUGAAUCCAGGAAGAAGGGCAAGUCCAAAGGUGAGCUGCUGGAGCCAGAGGCCAAGGCUCUGAUGAUCGAGCCAGCGCCUUAUUCAAUUGACCCAGUGGAAAUGAGGAGACAGCACUAUCAGACUCCAGCUAUGAUAAGUCAUCCACCUAUUCCCAUUGAGAGACUUGCAGAGCAUAUUGACAACCUGAAGGCCAGUGACAACUUUAAGUUCUCUCAGGAGUAUGAGAGCAUUGAGCCUGGUCAGCAGUUUACUUGGGACAACUCCAACCUAGAGGUCAACAAGCCCAAGAACCGCUACGCCAAUGUCAUAGCUUAUGAUCACUCCAGGGUCAUCCUGCAACCAAUGGAAGGUGUGCCAGGUAGUGAUUACAUUAAUGCCAACUACAUGGAUGGCUACAGGAAGCAGAACGCGUACAUAGCCACUCAGGGUCCAUUACCUGAAACUUUUGGAGAUUUCUGGAGAAUGGUUUGGGAGCAGCGGUCAGCCACUAUUGUUAUGAUGACUAAACUUGAAGAACGUUCAAGGAUCAAAUGUGAUCAGUACUGGCCAUCACGAGGGGCUGAAACUUAUGGCUUGAUGCACAUACAGCUGGUGGAUGUGACUGAACUAGCAACUUACACCAUUAGAACUUUCCACAUGUCUAGGUAUGGUAUCUCUGAGAAGCGGGAAGUUCGACAGUUCCAGUUCACUGCUUGGCCAGACCACGGUGUACCAGACCAUCCUACUCCACUGCUCAUGUUCAUGAGACGAGUAAAGGCCAGUAACCCACCAGAUGCUGGAUCAAUCAUUGUUCACUGCAGUGCUGGAGUUGGGCGAACUGGUGCUUUUAUUGUAAUCGAUGCCAUGCUGGAAAGGAUUAAGCAUGAAAUGACUGUGGACAUCUACGGCCAUGUCACAUGUCUACGGGCCCAGCGCAACUACAUGGUGCAGACAGAGGACCAAUACAUCUUCAUCCAUGAUGCCCUGCUGGAAGCUGUCCAAUGUGGUAACACAGAAGUCCCCGCUAGAAAUCUAGCGGCACAUAUACAGAAGUUGACUGCCCCUGAGCCUGGUCAGGCCAUCACUGGAAUGGAACUAGAGUUUAAGAGAUUGGCCAAUGUCAAAGCCAGCCCCAACCGAUUUGUCAGUGCUAACUUGGCAGUGAACAAAUUCAAGAACAGACUUGUGAAUAUAUUACCAUAUGAGACAACUCGGGUCUGUUUGCAGCCCAUACGUGGAGUCGAUGGAUCAGACUAUAUCAAUGCAAGCUUUAUUGAUGGUUAUCGCUACAAGAAGGCCUACAUAGCAACACAAGGACCAUUGGCUGAAACAACAGAAGACUUCUGGAGGAUGCUAUGGGAGCAUAACUCUACUAUUAUUGUCAUGUUAACCAAGCUUAGAGAAAUGGGAAGAGAGAAAUGCCAUCAGUAUUGGCCCAGUGAGAGAUCUGCCAGGUACCAGUACUUUGUUGUGGACCCAAUGACAGAGUACAACAUGCCUCAGUACAUACUUAGAGAGUUCAAGGUCACAGAUGCCAGGGAUGGCCAAUCCAGGACGAUUCGACAGUUCCAGUUUACUGACUGGCCUGAACAAGGUGUACCUAAGUCUGGCGAAGGGUUUAUUGACUUUAUUGGCCAGGUACACAAAACUAAAGAACAGUUUGGCCAGGAAGGUCCUAUUUCAGUGCACUGCAGUGCUGGAGUCGGACGUACUGGUGUGUUCAUUACUUUGAGUAUUGUUCUGGAAAGGAUGAGAUAUGAAGGAGUAGUGGACAUGUUCCAGACUGUCAAGAUGUUAAGGACACAGCGACCAGCUAUGGUCCAGACUGAGGAUCAGUUUCAAUUCUGCUAUCGGGCAGCCCUGGAGUACCUUGGCUCCUUUGACCAUUAUGCCAACUGAAAUCAUAACCUGCAUGAAGAAUCCUUGAGCCCUGGAACCAAAAGAGAAGGAAAAAUUCACAAUUUUGUGUUACAUUGGCUCCAGAUUCUAAUUGUAUCAACAACUUUUGUGUUACAUUGGCUCCAGAUUCUAAUUGUAUCAACAAUUUUUGGUUUGUCAUCACUAUCAAGUUUAUAAAGUCCUCAGCUUAUCAAAAGUAUUUCUUGAUUUUUUGUCUCAUACAUGGACUGUAUAAAAAUAUAUGAAUUAUGAGAAAAUGGAAAUGGCUCAACAUCAUAUUUCUGAACAUUUCAAUUCAUGUGUGACAUAGUUUGCUGCAAUGUUUCAACUCAUGUGAUGUGUAGGUCACUCCAAAUUUUUAAUGUGACUUGCAUCACUGUGACAUUUCUAUUCAAAUGGGAUGUAGGUCACCGUGACAGUUUCUGUGGAAUUAAUUUCAUUAUUUGGAUAUUUUUUUAUAUCACGCUGGAUAUUGAAUGAUGAAUGAAGAACAAGAUUACUAUACAUUUGUACAAUGUGAUUAGAAGCAACUUUGUUGAAAUACAAAACAAACUUGUUCUACGUUUAUGGAUAAUUAUUCCACAAAAGUUGUUUUAGUAAAGGAUAUAUUUUGAAAAGUGAAAAAAAGGGAUUUUAAUCUUGGUUCAAUGACUUUUAUUCUUUAGUUGUCUAUAUUGUGGAAAUGGAAUUCAUUUUGACCAUUUGUUUGCAAUGUGUCUGUGCAUUCACUAGUAUGGGAUACAAAGGUAUAUAUACCAAGUAUUACUUUAUCAGCAGUGUCACCCCUUAAGACCAACAGAACUCAAGUGGAUGUACAUUUAUGUUUUCAUUAUCAUUACUAUCAACUCUAGGAAAGAAGUGUAGAAAGCAACAAAGUGUUUUCUCUAUUGUUUCCUUAAACAGGAGGAAUGCAUAUUUUGUAAAGUAUGCUUCACUUUAUCAAUCUUGGAUAAUGGAUGAGUUACAGCAUAUGUCCAAUGCCUGGAUUCAAUGGAUAACUAGACACCAAGAGCAAAACAAGUUGUGGAUAUAAGACAAUUGGGAUUGAAUUGCUGGACUAUUCACUAUUUGUAGAAUAAGUUGUGAAAUAGACCAAAAGUUGAUGUUGACUGCAAGCAGUAGUGAGACAAACUAUUCGUCACACUAUUUGCUUGAAUACUGUGUGACAGUACAAGGCUAGACUUGGUUUGUAGUUGCCACUCUUUUUGAUUUCUCUCCUGAGAAUGUUUUCUCCUGUACAUUUUUACUUUUGAUUUUCUGUGUUUUCAUUUCUUUCUAUGAUGUCCUGCAUAGUCUCCCCUGGACACACCAACAGAGUUGCAGAUGUAGUAGUCUCAUUUGCAGACACUUUAUGACCACUUGAGUGGGUCAACACAGUGCAAUGUUUUGUGAAAUAAAAGUUUGUUGUUUUCUGAAAUCUUCAUAUUUAGAAACACAUUUGUUUAUGUCAGUUUUGCAUUUUGAGUUUAUUUUAAUCUUGAUAUUUGCAUCUGUUAUAAGCAUGAAUUUAUAUAUUGAGAGAUAUGUCUGAAUCUUUUUUUUUCUAAAGAUCAACUUUUUUUAAAAAUUUAAAUCAAAAUGUAACAAAAUCUGUUCACAUCAAAAUUUAAAAACCAAAAAAUGGCAACUAAUACUUCAAAAAUAUAAAUACAAGAAAUUUUGUUUAUAUAUUAUAUCAAAUUUAAUAUUAUUGCUGAUGUAUCAGUGGUUUAGAAAAAUCCAUCUUAUUAUCUUAAAUACAAUUGAUUUUAUACAGGUAGUUUCAAAUUGCCUCAACUACAAAACCUUUCAAGAGAAGGCCUAGUAAUGUGUUGCAUCAUACAAAAAACAAAACAAAGUUCUUAGCACUAACUGGCUGUUUUAAGAUUGAACUAUCUCUCUCUGUUUUGAUACGUGUGUGUCUGUCAGAAUGUUACUAUGACAUGUUAACACAAGAAAGUGUUCACCCAAAGAUAUAAACAUUCAUUCACUCAUUCAUUUGUAAUUGAGUCACUUUGUCUAUGAUUCUCCUCAAUGGAUACACUGAUGUAACAAACUAAUCUCACAAAUACAAAGUCUUUAUUUUAUUGUUUCUCUUCUUGGUUUUGAACUGUAUGAAUAAUACAUUGUAUCAGUCUUUAUAUUUAGGCAUACACAAUUGGAAAACUCUUUUAGAAAGUGAACUAACACAAGAGCAGAACAUAUUGUCCAAAUUUGUUCAUCCUAUUUGAAUAUUGUAAAUCAGUUUGGGUUAACAGUGUCUACACUUGCAGUUGUCAAGUCGUUGAAUUCUUGUCAUAUAUUUAUUAGUCGCCAUCUUCAAUAUUUUAAAAAAGUAAUUAUUUAGUUCAGAUAUUCAAGCCUUUGUUGAAGUUUCCUAUUUCAGUUGAGCAGUAUUUCAUUAUAAUAUUUUGUUCAAUCACUUUCAUUCAAUGUUUCUACGGUGCAGUGUUUCAACUUCAGCUUUGUUUGGGUCAAAGGUGAUAAGGUUAUAGGUUACCCACUUAUGACACCAUUUCUGAGCUGUGUUUCUGUCCGUAUAUAUAUAUAUACAUAUUUAUUUCUAAUAUAUAUAUAUAUGAAUACUUACAUAUUACAUUUGUACUAUUCAAUCUGACAUCACACGUGUAUUAUGUUUCCGUCUCGGAAUUUGUGUGAGCACUGACCUGUAAGCCAAAGCAAAAGAAACUCAAAGGGAAGUUGCUUUGUUGUCUCAGAACUUGCCGUCAAAUGCAGAACCUAAUCCAAGAAUUGCAAUGCAAUCUUUUUUGACAAAUAGUCUUGUAAGUUUGUACAUUGAAUUCUGUACUGAUUUCUUUUUUUUUUUUGAAUGAUCAACAUAUGCUGGUCAAGUCAUGCCCAUAAUUUCAUCAUGUUUUUUUUUUGUAUUCUUUUCUCAUCUUGACAUUGUCAUCAGUUUUAGAUUUUUGAGUGUUGCAGUGUGUGGAUAUUUUGUUAACAUUGCAGCGCUAUAUCCAAUAUUGGUUAUCAAUAUCUUACACUAAAGAGAAUCUUAAUUUGUAUCAGUUUUCCUGGUCAGUUGUUUCGUACUAGGCAUUCAGUCAUAUUGACCAAACUACUAGUUUUAUUGUGACUUUCUUGUUCAUUAGAAGCUUUUUUUUUUUAAUAUCAUAAUUAUUGUAGAUUUCGUCUAAGAAAAUCAAAAUAUUCAGAAACAUUUUUUGUUUAUGUCCAAGACCAUCCCUCAUUCUGUGCUAAAAUAUGUCUGUAUCAUAUGGCUGUCAAUAAAAAUCUCAUGCAUUUGGUUUUACAAGUAUAUAAGACCAUCUUCUUUGGCCAUCUCCCCCCCCCCACCCCUCACCCUCCAACAAUUGAAAACUGUUAUAUUGAUUUUUUUUUUGUAUUAUACUCUUUAUUGUUGUUAUCAUUAUUUACCAGUACAUUCAAUAACAAACCUCUGACCUUUAUGCUUUUUAUGUUUCUCUUAAAGUUAAAAUGUAAUCAAUUAACUUCAUUAUGUUAAUGGAAAGGGUCACAUCCAAACUAAGGGUCAACAAGCCUGUGGGUCCCCAUUCAUUGUUUUGUAUUUAAUGUACAGCUGGGCAUAGCAGGGAGGGGGGGAAGACAAAUGUACUCUACGUCAUAGAAUGUGAACCUAAAUUUACAUCUGGAACUAAAGAUUUCUGUGGUUGAGGUGUAGCACAAAUUAAGGGAUAGGCUUAAGACUGUGGGUCAUUGAACUCAAUUGUUAUAUCUCUCUACAGUUUAUAUGCUCUUCCCUGUCAUCUAAUUGUGUGACUAUCAAAUUAAAUUUUUAGUUGAUAAUGAACUUUAGCUUAUUUCUAUUCAAAGUUUAAAUUCUUGAUGGACUCCAUUUGAAAACUGUUUCUUCUGUAGUGGUCUCACAUUUUUAGGAAAAGAUCUUUGACCUAAAUCAGACUAUUACCUCAGAAUCAGAAACCUGAGUCUAAAAUUAGACUAUUACUUCAGAAUCAGAAACCAGAGUCUAAAAUCAGACUAUUACUUCAGAAUCAGAAACCAGAGUCUAAAAUCAGACUAUUACUUCAGAAUCAGAAACCUGAGUCUAAAAUCAGUCUUACUGUUGAGUACUUGUUGUAGCCAACUGAAUAUUUAUUUCUUGAAAUUUAUUUUUUUUCAAAUGCUAGAAUGUGAUGAAUAUUCAGCAUUUAAUGAUUUUUUUCAUGAUGAACUGGUUUAAACAUUUUAAUAUUUAUCACAUCACAAAAUUUAGGUGUGACCAGGUUUUUUGUUCAAUUUUGUUAUCGCCAGUUUGUGAUUAGUUGAAGAUUGUUCCGUUAAUAAAUCAAAAUGUAUGGAGUCAAGUGGAUUCUUUACAAAUGUUCUACUUUUCAUUCACAGUCAGAAUGUAUUGUAGUGACUUUUUGUUUUUAAUUUUUUUUUAUAAAAUUCAUCGUAUCUGUUAAAUUUAUGGCUUCAAUUUGAACUAGUUACUGUAAUCUAUACUCUAAUAGUCCAUCAGUCCUUAGUCUUCAUUUAUGGUAAUGUUCGUUGAUGAUUUAGCUGAUCUUGAAAUCUGGCCAUCCGUUUAUUGUUUGUUUGUUUUUUUACAUAAAUAUAUGAACUUGAAAGUUCACCCUGACACACAAGUAAAUGAAACCAAAUGGAUGUUGUCAUUUUUUUUUUCAAAUACAUCUACCAUAAGGGUGUGAGAUUUCUAAUGUGCGAUUGUUGCGUUUUCAGCUUAUAUUUAUUCUGGACAUGCAUCACCCCAUUCGAUCGUUAUAUAUGUGGUCUCAGCUAUUUAUAGACAUCUUCAUUUAUUAACUUCUUACAAAAUAUUACUGUACAGUUCAACUUGAACUAUGUGUAUUCUAGUGUUGUACGAAACAUCUCUAAAGGCCAGUCCACAGCCAGUCACUAAGAUACACUUGUCAAUUAUCAGUAAACGAAACAUUGAACUUUAGUAUCUUCCACCCGUUACUUAUAAUAAAAAAAAAGUGAUAAAAAAAUUAUUUAAUCACAACUUUUAAAAAAUAAGAUUUUUAUUUUUUAUUCUUGGAUCCUGAAUACUAUUUAAACAUUCUUAAUUUAGGGUUAGGGUUUAUUUAAUUUACUUAUGGCAGUAUCCUUAUGAUUGGUAGACUUGGCCUAAUGAGACUAUUAUUCUUGACAUUGUCAUCCUAUUAAUGUUGCCAGUAUUGGAAAAGUCAGUGACUAACUUUGUAUGUAAAAACAAAAACAUUACAAAAAAAAAAAAAAGACCAAGUUCAGUGUUUCAUUAAUGAGCUCAAAAAGUUUUGAACCAAUUAAUUUCUCAUUAAUUUCUUCACCCAAUGAACAUGUGAGUGAGAGUGGACAGACUAUUCUCAAUAAAACAUUUUGACAGACA